CUGAUAGAUUGGAUUAUCGUCAUCAUUUUCGUAGGACUUGACUUUUUUUGCUCGAAUAUAAGUAGAAUGCAUCAUCGUUGUAAUAAGUCAUGUUUCCAUUCCUCCAGUUCUAUUGAAAAUCAGCUCAAAGUUCACAAGCAAGACUCAAAAUAUUACUUCACUUAUACCAACCAACCAUUCUACUUUAUAUAGAUCAUAUCUAUACUCUUCCUCCAUAAUGUAUAAACAAACCAUCUUAACCUCCGCCCUCUCUCUUCUCUCUUCCGCUCUUGCUCUCCCCCUUGAGCCCCGAGACACCCCUGAAUUCACAAUCACCAGCCUUAGCGCUGCCUUUCCGUAUCCCGGAGUCUACGGGCUCGACUCCGUUAACUCCUUUGUCAAUGUCGCCGUAACUUACCCGGACGCCUCAUCAACCAGCAGCGCCGCCCUCAACACAACCUGCAGAGUUGCUUGGCCUGCUGGCACCAACCCGGGUCCAACGGAAUGGACUGCGUGCGCCAAUCCGGGGUUGCAAUUCCGUCUGCCAGCCGAUGGGUGGACUGGCACUACAAACUUCCGCGUCGAGUUAUUUGAGGAGCUCGAUUCUAACGGCGCGGGUCUAGAUGCCACACACAUUCUCACGUCCAACCCAGGGAACUCAAGCGACCCAAAUGCGUACAUGUUCUGUCUCCAGAUGGGCAAAUUCAACCCCUUAACUUGCACCUUAACUGGCCCGUGGGGCCAGUCGGCGAGGACUGUGGUCAUGUCUACCACUAAUGAGAACGCAAGGCCGAAUUAGAGCAUUAGACAUAGAGCUUACUCCUAGACAAGCAGGAUACGGCUAGGAAAGAAUAGACUGGGGGCAUCUUUUUAAAACGGGAUAGAGUCACACGACUUGGUUGGGAUAUGCACAAAUAGUAACGACUUUAAAGAUAGCGUGCCAGUACAUACUCAUAAUUCUUUAAUACAAUUAUUCCCAGUUUUUAA